AUGGCUCCCUCUAUGUAUUGCAAGGACGAGAAAGUCCUGUGUUUCCACCAUGAAAUCCUUUACGAUGCCAAGAUUCUGGAUGUUCGUCAUAAGGAUCCCAACGACAAGAAGAGCCCCUUUGAGUACUCAGUCCACUACAAGGGCUGGAAGAAUACCUGGGAUGACUGGGUGCUUGAAGAUCGCCUUCGCAAGCAUACCGAAGACAACCGCGAAUUGGCUAAUAACCUUCGCCGCGAGGCCGAGGCUUCGUAUCGCCUUAAGAACACCAAAGCCUCUGCAAAGAAGCGUGGUGGUUCCGACCGUGACUCCGUGCGGGAUAGCGAGGAGCGCGGGGCCUCUGUGCCCGGCCGCGGCACCAAGAGAGCCCGUGACAAUGACAUCGAAAAGGCAAGUUACUUUUGA